AUGUCCGCUGGCUGCUGGCUGGCUGGCUGCUGGCUGGCUGGCUGGCUUUGGUGCUUGUCUCUGGAUGGUUCGCGCUCUCUGUGUCCUUCCCUUUCUCCGUCGGGCUGGCUCGCGCUCCUUGUCGCUUUCGGUGUCGAUAACCUUCUUUUCGCGAAAGGACGGGUGGCACUGGUCAAGUCGGAGACGAUGCCGCUACGAUGGCGCGUGCGAUAUGCGUGCUACGUGAAGAAGCGGAAGAAGCGGAAGAAGAAGCGGAAGAAGAAGAAGCAGAAGACGAAGAAGCAGAAGAAGAAGAAGAAGAAGCAGUAG